CCAUUUUACACUCCUCUUUUCCCAGCUUCAAUACAGCGCUACUGGCUUUUUUUAGGGAUCCCAGAAAAAAGCGAAGCAGGAUUGCACCCCACCCCAAAAAUCAUCCGGACUGAGCUGUCCGAGUCUUAGCGAUUUAGCCGCCCAGGCGCGUCGGACAGUGCAACACGGAGCGAUCUAUCGGAGGAGCCACUUGAGGAGAAAGGAAGCCUGGGCGCGAUCUGUAUACACUGCCUACAGUCGGGGCUUCGUAGGCGCUGCUGGGAGAGGAGGCGAAUUCCUUCCGAGCAAAUCGCAUGGUGGAAGCACAGAGCGAUCAGUAGAGCAGGACGGGACUACUCGGGGCAGGAGGAGAGUUCUAUGAAGGGCAGGGGGAGUUGUACAAGGAGACAGAGCUGAGGGGACAAGUGAGAAACACACAUAAAAACAGGAGAGCGAUCCCUCGCUGGUGCUCAGAUGGAUGAACAAGGCAGGCUGAUGCAGGCCAGGGGGGUGGGGAUUCCAGGACACCCCAUUCAUGGGGGGCCCCAAACUCUCACUCCUCAUCCUAUGCAUGAACCCCCGGCAGACAAUGGGGAGCCCAGGAAACAGGAUAUCGGUGACAUAUUGCAACAGAUCAUGACUAUCACGGACCAGAGCCUUGAUGAAGCCCAGGCAAAGAAACAUGCUUUGAACUGCCACAGGAUGAAACCUGCACUUUUCAGUGUCCUUUGUGAAAUUAAAGAGAAAACAGGGUUGAGUAUUCGUAACACCCAAGAGGAAGAGCCUGUUGACCCUCAGCUCAUGCGCUUGGACAAUAUGUUACUAGCAGAAGGUGUAGCAGGACCAGAGAAAGGUGGUGGAUCCGCGGCAGCGGCUGCAGCAGCAGCAGCUUCAGGUGGAGUCUCUCCCGAUAAUUCCAUUGAGCACUCGGAUUACAGAAACAAACUGUCCCAAAUCCGACAGAUUUAUCAUGCCGAACUGGAGAAGUAUGAGCAGGCCUGUAAUGAGUUCACAACCCAUGUAAUGAACCUGUUGAGAGAGCAGAGCCGAACCAGACCUAUAUCACCGAAGGAGAUAGAGCGAAUGGUUGGGAUCAUCCACCGAAAGUUUAGUUCCAUUCAGAUGCAGCUCAAGCAGAGUACCUGUGAGGCUGUCAUGAUCCUACGCUCCCGAUUUCUGGACGCACGGAGGAAGAGAAGAAAUUUCAGUAAACAAGCUACUGAAGUCUUGAACGAAUAUUUCUACUCACAUCUGAGUAACCCAUACCCCAGUGAGGAGGCAAAGGAGGAGCUGGCAAAGAAGUGUGGCAUAACAGUGUCACAGGUUUCAAACUGGUUUGGAAACAAGAGAAUUAGGUACAAGAAGAACAUUGGAAAGUUCCAGGAAGAGGCAAAUAUCUAUGCUGUGAAGACAGCUGUUAGUGUGGCACAGGGAGGACACAGUGGGGCCAACUCCCCAACAACCCCUACCUCUGCAGGUUCUGGUGGUUCAUUCAACCUCUCUGGAUCUAAUGAUAUGUUCAUGGCGAUGCAGGGCUUAAAUGGGGAUUCUUAUCCCCCUUCACAGGUGGAGUCCUUGCGCCACACGAUGGGCCCUGGCUACAGUGAUAGUUUGUCAGCAAAUCAGAUGUACAGCCCGCGGGAGAUACGGGCAAAUGGAGGGUGGCAAGAAGCUGUCACCCCAUCGUCUGUCACCUCCCCUACAGAAGGACCUGGCAGUGUGCACUCUGACACCUCGAACUGAGCUCUCUCCUCUCUGUGCUCCACCUCUCUACCAAACCAGGCUCUUUACAUGGAUAUAACCCCUUCCUCAACUAACUCCCGUAAUCUGGAACUAACGGGGAGGAGGAUUGUGGAAGACCACUCUCCCCUUACUCCUCUCUUGCCUCCUAUUGCUCCUUUUAAAAAGCCCUUGGUUCUUCCAUCUUUUGGAAUAGCUGACUAAUGGACAGUAAUGGUCUGCGUUUUUUAAGGAAAUAAGGGGUUGAGGGCAUAACACCCUAUCCCUGUUUUAAGGGCAGAGACUAUUGCCCAAAUACUCCCAACCAAAGGAUAGUAAUCGACCCAUCACCAAGAAGAAAUCCAAAUAAAUACCUUGUAAAGUUCAAGAUGGAUGCCCAACAUGGUAUUUUUCUGUAUCGAACCAAGAAAGAAGUUAUCAUACUGCCCACUAGAAAAAAAAAGUGUCUUGCCCAUAAGCAAUUAUCCUAUAGCACAAUAAGAAUCAUAUGUGUGGAUAUGCUUGAAGGAGGAAAAAUAUAAAAUGAAGAAUUAACAGGGAAUAAUAAACCUUAUUUCACAUUUAGGGGAUGGCUUUGAACUCAUUCUGUUUGUAGAACAGGGGAAGAAGAGAGGAAAGUGUUUUAAGAGGUGUGAAGAGGACAAAUGUUAAAAGGAGGGGCAAGCUAGACAAAGAGAGAAAGGUUAAAGAAAAUGGGGGAUCCAGGGAAAAUGAGGAGAGAAAAAUGAAAGAAUGUAAAAGCCAAAACAAAGAGCUACAAAUAAGGACUGUUAAGGUCAACGAAAGACUAAAUCUCCUCACUCUCUCCCUCCAGAGUCCACCCAAAAUCCUUUGAGGCUCAGCCAAUCAAAGAACAGCGUUAUUACCUCAUAGCGGCUCACAUAACCAAUAGAGAAGACUCUUUUCUGUUUAUUUUUUCCUUUCUUUUUCUGAGUUUUCUUUUUGUUCACGCGUUCGCAAGUUUGACUACCUCCGAAGGGAAAAUAAAAUAUAUAUAAAUAUAUAUAAAAAAAACUCUCUCUCACUCCUGCACGGGGGCACAGCAAAGUGUGUGGAGAAUUUUUCUCUAACUUGAUCUGCUUCCCCCUUCACUCCCCUUUUUUGUUUUGGGAAGUUGGGUUAUGAAUAGGGUUGGUUUUUAGAGUUUUGUGUUUAGGGAAGUCUUCUAAGGGGGCAUUUUUAUUCUUAUUUUAUUUUUGGUGUGUGUUGUUGGAGAGGAAGUUACAGAAAUGAAGUAGUAAGGCUGUGUGGGUAACGCUCAGUGUCUAACAAAUCAAAUUGAGCAUUUGGUGCAUCCCUUAAAUUUUAUACAUUUAUACCAUUAAUUAUUAUUUUAUGUGCAUAGAUAUUUGAAACAUACAUCAUGCUUAUUUAGGAACAUGUGUAUGUGUAUAUACAUAUAUAAUGUGUGUGCAUUCAUACCAACACCACAAAUCUAAAUAAAUAAUUGCUUGGUGUUUGUAUCUUUAUGCAAAGGCAGUAACAUAUGCUGACGUAUAAAUGUAUUAAAGGACAGAUUAAAUCUUAACACUUUUUGAGCAGGCGUGUGAUUCUGGAAUUGGUUUAGCACAGCCACAGAAUCCCAUGCACAGACAUGUUCCAAAUCAUAAAUGUAUUAUAUCAUUUCUACAUCUGACAUACACAUUUAUUAGACACGCAUUUGCAUAUAACAGGUUGACUAAAUAAUGAAAAUGUAUCAGCCACCAAUGUGUAGACUCAACACUGUUUGACCUCAUGAGUUACAUUCACAAAAAUACUCACAAAGAUAAGGUGGCAAAAUCCAUAAAAUUCAGUGAUAGUCUCAGAAUCUGCCUAAAUCCUGAAUUUAGUGCAUGCGUUAUAUUUAUAGGGAUGCACUAAAUGCUUAUUUGUUUCUCUAAACUCAAGGAUAUUUCAGAAUUUUAAAGAUAAUAGGCACACAACAUGUUUUAUGGCAGUCUGUUCACUUUUGACCAGACUUACCCACCAUUUAUUUGAGUGCGCGGUAAAUACCACAAAAAACAUUCCUAAUGGAUAUUCUGGACGAUUUGGCUGAUGAUCAUGUAGGCUAAUGAAUGCAGCUUUCAGCGGAGCAGCCUACCACCAUAGCCCCUUAGUGAUCCAUUUAAUUGUCUGGAUCAGUUUAUUAAAAGGCCAGCCAGAUAACCGUCAUCUGGCUGCAUAUUGUGCCCAUCUUAGGCCUUCUAAAAUAUAUGGGAAAACACAUGGAAUGUGGAUAUUUCUAAAUAUGUCAAGUGCAGGGACACUCGAGCACACAGCCUUCCUCUUCUGUUCUAGCGGCCUGGUCCUGAAUGCUAGACUUUGAGGUGUGUGAGAUUAGGCAAGAUCUUUUCAUAUGUGUAUAUUAUACUUUUGUUUGUUUGUUUAAUUUCUCUGCCCCAUUUAGUUGAGGGAAACCUGUUUAUGAACUGUUAUUUUGGGGUUCUUAGAAUAUUUUUUUUUUUUCUUUCACAAUUAUUAAAAAUGAAUCACUGACAAACCA